AUGGAAGAAGGAUAAAUUAACCCAUAAGCGUUUGAUGGAUGGGAUGAUACUCCUUCAUAUGAUAGCUCUUAAACUAAUGCUAUUAAAUGCUUUAGUGAUUUAUUCUAAUAACAGAUAAAAACAAAUAAAUGUUCUCAAUAAUAUUAAACAACAACUAAAAAUAGUCCAAAAGCUAAUAAAUUAAAUACAACAACAAACAUUUGCUUGACUGAUGAAGAAAGCUACAGACAUAAAAAAAACCAAAUCAAUUCUUUUAGAAAAGAAAAUUUAGAAUAAGAUUAAAGAUUAGGAAGGAUAUUUGUAGUUAAUUAAAAUAAUAUAAAUGCUAAACCUUAUAGACAUUAGAUUAUUCAAAGCGGUAUCUCAGAAAUUAAUAGUAAUAAAGAGAUUAUUGAAACAGGCAUUAGUUAUACUUAAUAAAAUUAGCCUUAUUAAGAAAUUGAUAAUAGUUAAAUUUUUAUGAAAAAGAAUGUUUUUUAAGACAAAAGCUAACGAAACUAGUCAUUAGAUUCUACAUCAAAUUUUUAUAAUAAUAAUAAUAGCAACGUAAACCAAAUUGGUAAACGAUAAAAUGUUAGUUCUAUUCGUUAGUGCUCAGAAGCUUCUUCUGUUAAAGGAAGAGAAAAAAUAUAUAGAAAUAACAAAAUAGAUAGCAAUAUUACUUAAGGAAGUAUUAAUAACACCAAUCUAAGCAUUCUCAAAACUAAUUAUGAUGAUAAAAGUUAAUAUACUUUUUUAAAUAAUAUUAUGAAUGAAUCUAUUUAUUACUAACAUGGAGAUGAAUAUUAAAAAUAAUUUAAGAAUUAAUAAUAUAUUUAUGGAUAGAAUUAAAUACAAAUCUCACAGCAGUUAGAUAAUGAUAAAAAGUUCUCCACUUAUAAUCUAACAGAGUUAGGGUGUGAGAACUGUUAAAUAUAAAAAGACCAUUAAAUUAUUAAAAAUGAUACUAGUAUACUAUCUUAAAUUAAUGGUUCUACAAAUAACUAGAACACUUUUAUUCCAAAUAAAGUUAAUGAAAGUAAUAAAUAAGUAUUACUUACAAAUAAUAUUCUUAUAGUAUAACCAGAUAAAUUUGUACCAUUUCAUAAGUAAAAUACAAAUUUGUAAUUAGCCUAAGAUUUGAAAAAUAAAAAGAACCUUUCAAACUAAUAAAGGAAUAGCUAAAAUUCUAUUUCCAUAAUUAUUAAUUAAGCUCAAAAUUCAUCUAAGAUUGAAAAAAAUAUCAAAGAUACAACGGAAGACCUUGAAACACAAUGCUAAGAAGGUAAUGAUCUUACAAACUCAUUUAGAUAACAUAAAAAGAAUUUAUAAAUAUAUAGAAAUUAAAUUAAGAACAGUAAUGAAAAUAAAUUUAUAAAAUAAGAAAUAAAAUUAGAUAAAUAAAUUAUUAACAAUUUUAAUGAAAGCAAUGAAUUUAAUUCAUUAAAAAGAAAUUUAGAUUAACCUCGAUUAUCUUAAAGGCUAGCUUAAGAUUACAAAAAGUAAAAUGAAAACAGUCUUGUAAAAUCUUCUAGCCCAUCUAAUUGUAAAAGUAAUAGUAAUUCAAAUGCUAACUGUCAAAAAGAUGACUCUACUAUAGAUAAUGAGUUUAUAGAGAAUAGAGAUAAAGAAAACCAAACUAUACAAUUUAAUAGCACUAUUUUAGAUAAUUUGAGUUCUUAAAAUGAAAAAGGUGAUAUAAACUUUAAAUGCUAUUAAAAAGAAGAGAAACUUUUUACUGUCUAAUCUUACUUUAAAUAUUAAGAUCACUAAUCUAAUAUGAAUACUUCAAUUAAUAACAAUAAGGUGAAUACAGAUUAAGGAAUUGAUUAAUUAACUCAAGCGGAGUUUUAAAGAAACAACUAGUCAUCAUAUAAUGGGAUAUUUAGAUAAACUUUAACAAAAUUUAAUUAUAAGCCUCGAAAGAAUAAAUCUGUUGAGACUGACGUGGCUAAUCAAAACUAGAAAAUAGACAAUAUAUUUUACUACUACUAACAAGAUAAAUUGCCUAUUUUGAAAUAUUAAAAGCAUAGCACGAAUGAGCAAUAAAAUUAAUUUAUUAAUAAAGUCAUAUCAUCCUCUAGAUAAAAUUAAUAACAGCUAAACACAAAUAGAUCAAAGGAAAGAUUAAAUACAUCUAUGUUUAUCGGAGCAAGCAGUAGAAGAAGUAGCAAUUAUGAUUCUAUCAAUCCUGUAUUUAGGACUCCGUAAUAAGACAAAAAGAUAAAAUAGCAAAGACAAAGCACAGCAGCUGAAGGGAAUAGAAUAAAUUCUAGCAGACAAAAAAAUUAAUUCUAAGAUAAACGGUCAACACCUAUAAAAGCUUUUAAUUAAUUAACAAACACCACUUAACAGUUUAGGAGGGCAAACUAAUUGACUAAAAACCAAACAAUAAAUUAAACGAACAGUUAAAUCGUCUAACUUGGAGGUACUUUUGAUAAUACAAACCCUAUUUAAUCUUUUCUUUUGACCAAUUACAAGAGAUCACCAUCUAUGGAAUAACAAGAACAAUUUAAUUACCUUAAUAAAGAAACUGUUUAAAACAAUUUUUAGCAUUCAAAUGGUUAAAAUCGAUUUAAUAUUGAUACAACAGCCUAUAAAGAAAAUAAAGCUACUUAAAAAAAUGUAUUUAGAACUACUACUAAUAACUUCAUGUAUAAAACUAUUUCACCCAACUGA